AUGAGCAACUCAGCAGCAAAAAGAAGUGCGCUACGAAGACCACAACGUCAACUACUUUCCAUCGCUUUAACAACUUUAAUAAUAAUAGGCGCAUUAUUUGUGCAGACAACAAGUGGAUUUAGAUCAAUUGAAACGAGUGGCGGUGGACGCAAACUGUUUGGCGGCUAUCGAAUAACACCAAAGCAUUGUCGCGCUACGAAGACACUACCCAGCUCGGACCCCCGAUCCAAUGGACCCACAAUCUGCAUGUUCAAUCACGAAUGCGCCCAACGCGGUGGCGAAGUGGUCGGAGCCUGUAUGGAUGGCUUUUUGUUCGGGGCUUGCUGCCAAAUACCACAGACAAACGAACUGGCCAGCACGCUAAUCAACGAUGCGCAGAACUCGUACUUCCAACAGCAGCAGCAACAGAAGCUCCAUAUGCAAAAUUCUGCUGCAGCCGUCUCACAGUCCUAUGAGAGCUAUGGGGAGCAGCAGCAGUUGAGUGAGAGCCAGUCCCAGGAACAAAAGUAUCCGUCGGCAUCGGCACAGCAACCGCAACAGGAUAGCAUCUACGAUAAGCAGAACAUUGACAAGGUCUAUCAGCAACUAAGCAGCAGCACAACGAGCAAUGGAUAUGUGGUGGAGCACGCCAGUCAGUCGCAGCAAGAUUCUUACGGUGUCACUCAGGCUGGCACCACUGCCGAGCUGGAGAACGAGGCGACUCUAAAUACGGACAACGAAGCGUCGAGUUCCAAUGCCGUAGACACCCAAAAGAAGCAACCGCCCGCCAUUCAUGUGCACAAGCAUUCGGUGAAGAUCUCAUCACCAUCGUCACCGCCGCACAACGAUGAUUUUGUCAUGCAAGUACUGAGCACUCUGCCUCCAGAGCAUGAGAACGACCAUAUCGUGUUUACGACAGAGGUACCCACCAAGAUUGCCAGCAGUAUUGUCGAACAAACCAGCUCCGAGUCGAGUUCGUUUGAAGAAGAGCCACCAGCAACACAAGCGCCUUCAAAGCCAAAGCCUUUACUGCCUGAGACACAGAAGCUAGCCGAAACCAUGAAACGCCCAGUUCAUCAACAGAAGCCUAAGCCGGUAUCACCAGCCCCCACUCAUCAGUCGGAGCACACGAAUAUGCACCACCAUAACCAUUUGAUACUAGACGGCGGCGAAUUCACACACAGCGACAUAACACAUCCAGGCGCUGAUGCCGACCUUGUAGAGGAUCUGCAGUUCUCCACUGGCUAUGGGCCGCAACCGGUAUUCGCGGACCCACCUAAACACCCUUCCGAACAAAGCUACGUCUCCUCUUCCUCUCCCGCUUCCUCCGCCGAGGACAAAUAUGUAUUGGUGCAGACUUUUACCAGUGAAAAGCGUCCAUCUAAUGUCCAGAGCAGCCCAACAACUGUGUCUUCAAUUACCACGCACGUAGAUUCAAUUGAGUCCAUCAUACUGCAACUGAACAAUACCAGCCAUGGACCCAGCUACAAUUUAGUCAGUCAGACUGCACCACAAAACGCAUACGCAGAAGACACCACUACUUUAAGGCCUGCCCCACCAGCAUCGACAGCCAGUUACUAUCAGGAAAGCGAUACCAAUCGUCCAAUGGACAACUACUAUAAUUCCGAAGCUGAUAAGACGCAAGAAUCUAGCGACUAUACGACCAGCGUUAAUUCGAAUGCGGUGUACAAUAAACAUUCGGAAGAACAAGAGGCUUUGGAAACGUCGGCCCAAUCUAGCGAAUACGCAGCGCUACAAGCUGCUGAACAGCCUACAGCCCGGCCCAGCUAUAGCGAAGAUUCGUCGUUGGUACUGGAUGAGCAUACAAUUCCCUCAAAUGGUUACAAUGACGCAGCUGCUGAAGUGGCUCCACAAACCUCGCAAUUCAACAAAAUGCCGGCUGUAGGCAUAGCAUACCCCGUUGACAUUUCCUACGUUGAAGAAGAGUCUAGCGAACCUGCGGCAUAUGGUCAACAGUCUGUCAGUUCAUUGGAAUCCGCUGCCCCUGCCAGCACCGAGGCCACCUAUCAGAAGAUUUCAACACCAUCAUACCCUGAAGAACCUCAAUCUCCACCUGUAUACCUGCGGCCAACUACCAACGCAAACAAGCCGAAUAGACCUGUAGCAUCCUACAUAGGCAUGAUCACAAUGCAGAACUACAACAAGCAACCAUCCAGCCAAUACAGCCAGGUGCCCGCAGAGGUUUCUGUGUCCUCGCAUACGACAAAAGUCCAGGAACAGUAUGCCGAUGGAACUUCAGAUAGCUACCAGCAGCAGACUUCACCACAGCAGCCGGACAAAUUGGCUAGUUACGGUGUAGGUUCUGAGACCACACCAGUUCCUGCAUAUACACGACCUGCCUCAACGGCUAGUUACCUUCCUUCGACUGCAGCGUUUCCGGUAUCUCAACCUCAAUACGACAACGUGGUGUACGAAACUUCAUCUGCGCGCCCUGUACUGGUGACUGCAAGCCCGAAGCCACGCCCAAGGCCGAGUACCAAGCGGCCAGGUGUUAAGAGACCCUCUAACAAUAGUAAUACGAAGAAAAAAACACCCAAGCCACAGGUCGCUAAGCAACCAAGUAAUAACUACAAUCAAGAAGCUCAAUCAACUGCUUCCUAUAGCACGACAGAAAAUAUAACGAGGCGACCUGCGACGCAGCCGGCCAAUAACUUUAAUGUGGGAGAUGUCUUUAACCAGCCUGCUGCCAAUUAUAACGAUGAACCUGAGGAUCAACAGGUUUACCAGGAACCGCCAACAGCGCCAGUCGCAACUUAUAACAAACCACAAAAGCUUGCACAACCCGCCCUGAGCUAUAACGAGGACACAGGUGUGCAACCCUCUCUCAGCUAUAAUCAGGAAAUCGCUAGCUCUCCCACUCGUCGCACCAGUACGAAAAAACCGGGAGGUAAAAAGCCAGUAUCCACAAGCUAUGUUACUGGUCCUAGUACGCCGCGUCCAGCACCUACCGUCGACUAUCACUACGAUAAAGUGCCACCUCUAUUCAUGGCUGAUGAUAAGAUGGACGCCUUCAUUCAAAGUACAGCAGAGAACAUUAUUGGUUCCACGCCGGCUAAUUACCAGCCUCCAAUAUAUGCCACCGCCUCGACACCAAUUCAUGUCCAGCGCCCCACCAAUAACUACAGUGCGCACAAGAAGCCCGGUUUUGUGCAAAUAAAUGGCACACCAAAGCCACCCAGGCCCACUGUGCUCAUUACUCCCAAGCCUACAGCUAUAAAUCUAGUCACGUCCAGCUCCUGGACCCAGAUACACGGAAUCGGAGGCAGCAAGAUUGAUUCCAAUAAUGGAUACCCAUCGACCACUCCUAUUCCAGCGUAUGGUAGCACAUCCUAUAUAUACAGCUCUAUGGCGACAGGACGACCAGGCAACGGUGGUGUCAGUUCAGUAUCGUACACCCAACAGCAGCCGGUAAGCUCCAACGAUUUCGAGGAUCCGGGCUACUUUGGCAUGCAAAGCAACGUACACCCGGCCUUUACACAAUCCACCACAGAAGCGGUAUUUGCGGUGCCUGCCGAUGACAAACCCGCCUUCCCUGGCUACUACGGGCCCACACCCACCUAUCCGGCAUUCUCUGUGCCCGGUGAAAAGAUCGGUGCAAACAUUGAAGAAGAAACCUACACCUCACCCAACGACUUCGUCAACUUCCCGCCCGUGCGCAAUCCAAAUCUAAACAUGUCCGCAGUAUCAAGCGCUGUGACUAGCGACCUUGAGCUAUCCACGCCCGCUUUUGUCGAGGAUAUUGUGCUGAAGGAUAAAAUGAACACCCUGGUGCACAAACUGGUUGCCUCUUUGCAGGGCAACUUCGAAGCUCUGGCUGAUAUGAUUGACGAUGCAAACAACACGGCCUCUACGUACCAGGCAGGAGGCGGUAGCACGACCGGUACACGCAAGCCCACCCGUAAGCCGGUGCGCGUGGCAUCGACAAGUAGGCCCAAAGCAACAACCAAAAAACCUGUGACACGAGUGUCGACUAAAGCGCCCAACAAGAAGACAACAGUGACAACCCGCAAGCCUGCAACACGUCGAACCACCGUCGUACCUUCCACUACUCGCAGACCCGCUUCUCGAAAACCUACGCGCCGCGUUAGCUCGACAACUAUAAGCUCCGCGCGACCCGCUGAUGAUGAAAUUGUGGACGAGGAGGAUGAAGAGGAUGUCAAUCCUAAUCCUCAGGAAAAUGAAAUCGAUCAGGGUGCCACACUCAGCUCGUAUGGCGGUGCCAACGGACGUAAAAUCCAAUGCGGCGUACGUCCACAUGUCAAGUCCGGCCGUAUUGUCGGGGGCAAAGGCUCAACUUUUGGCGCCUUUCCCUGGCAAGUGCUGGUGCGCGAGUCCACUUGGCUCGGACUCUUUACGAAGAACAAAUGUGGCGGCGUCCUGAUCACCAGUCGCUAUGUCAUAACAGCCGCGCAUUGCCAACCGGGUUUUCUGGCCUCACUGGUGGCUGUUAUGGGCGAGUUUGAUAUUUCCGGUGAUUUGGAGAGUAAACGUCCAAUUACGAAAAAUGUCAAAAGCGUCAUUGUUCAUAUUCAAUACAAUCCGGCCACCUUCGAAAACGAUUUGGCUCUACUCGAGCUGGACAGUCCAGUGCAAUUCGACACACAUAUAGUGCCCAUUUGCAUGCCCAACGAUCACGCGGACUUCACGGGCCGAAUGGCCACAGUAACAGGAUGGGGUCGUCUGAAGUACGGCGGCGGCGUGCCCUCCGUUUUGCAGGAGGUGCAGGUGCCAAUUAUCGAAAAUAGCGUCUGCCAGGAAAUGUUCCACACCGCUGGUCAUAAUAAGAAAAUACUCAACUCCUUCCUGUGCGCCGGCUACGCCAACGGACAGAAGGACUCGUGCGAGGGCGACAGCGGUGGUCCCUUGGUAUUACAACGUCCGGACGGGCGGUACGAGCUUGCCGGCACCGUUUCUCAUGGCAUUAAAUGCGCGGCGCCCUAUCUUCCUGGCGUUUACAUGCGCACCACAUUCUACAAGCCCUGGCUGCGAAGCAUAACGGGUGUGAAAUAG